AUGUGUGAAAUGCCCCAGGAAGUCGCCCGUGAGCUCGCCGCCACCGCGAAGGCGCUCACUGCCCCUGGCAAGGGUCUUCUCGCAGCUGAUGAGUCCACAGGUACCAUCGCAAAGCGCUUCGCAUCCAUUGGCGUAGAGAACACAGAGGCAAACCGCGCUUUCUACCGUGGAUUGCUCUUCACGACCAAGGGAUUGGGCGAGUACUGCAGCGGAGCUAUCCUCUUCGAGGAAACUCUGUACCAGAAGAGCCCUGAGGGAGUUCCCAUGGUCGAGCUCUUGAAGAAGGAGAACAUCAUCCCCGGUAUUAAGGUCGACAAGGGUCUUGAAGAGAUCCCCUGCACCGAUGGCGAGCAGGCAACAAUGGGUCUUGAUGGUCUGAGCGAGCGCUGCAAGCGUUACUACGAGGCCGGUGCUCGUUUCGCCAAGUGGAGAGCAGUUCUCCAGAUAGAUGAGGCAAAGGGAAAGCCAUCUGAGCAAUCCAUCUCUGAGGUUGCCUAUGGAUUGGCUCGCUAUGCCGCUAUCUGCCAGAAGAACAAGCUUGUUCCUAUUGUGGAGCCUGAGAUCCUUACUGACGGCUCUCACGACAUCCGCCACUGCGCAGCUGUUACCGAGCGCGUCCUGUCUCACGUCUUCCGUGAGCUGCAGAAGCAGAAGGUGCUUCUUGAGGGAGCUCUCUUGAAGCCUAACAUGGUUACCCCCGGUGCUCAGGGACCCAAGGCCACUCCUCAGGAGAUUGCUCUCUUCACUGUUCGUGCUCUCUCUCGCACAGUACCUCCAGCUCUGCCCGGUGUCAUGUUCCUGUCUGGUGGCCAGUCCGAGGAAGAAGCUUCUCUUAACCUCGACGCCAUGAACCGCAUUGGCCCCCACCCAUGGAAACUCUCCUUCUCUUACGGCCGUGCCCUCCAGGCUUCCUGCUUGAAGCGCUGGUCCGGAAAGAGCGAGAACAAGCAGGCUGCACAGGAAACUCUCCUGCAGAGAGCCAAGGCCAACAGCGAUGCACAGCUUGGCAAAUACGCAGGAGGUGCAGGAGGUGCUGAGGCAGCAGCCUCCCUCUAUGAGAAGAAAUACAUCUACUAA